UGUGAGGCAGGGUGAGGGAGGCUGGUGGUCGGGAGGCGCGGACCGGAGGAGGGAGGCACCCACCACCCGGUCCACGCUCAUUCCUGGCGGGGCCACGAGACCGAGUGAACGCACCGCGCGUACUGUCGACCAGCUUAGACGGUCGAUCACGACGACCAGCUGUCACGCAGGGAACCUUUACCUAUAGUGACGUGUUGUGUGGAUUAGUACAAGAUUACUGUGAAGGAAAGCGUGUGGUGUACUUACUGUUCGUUCCUCAGGGAGUUUGUUCCGGCGAGACUCGGGUGAAGGUGCCAGGCAUGGAAAGUGAAUGGAGUGCCUGGCCCUCGUGGCGCCCUGUCACCCGCCCGCACGCGUAACUAGUGUGACCUCAACACAACCUCACGUAGCACAUGUCGGCGAGAUUGCCUUCCUCCGACUUGUGAAGAUCUCGAGAAGGCUGAAUCACGUGCGCCUCAUCUCACCGUUUGUUUACAUCCGUUGUGUUGCUCGCUGUGUGCAGGUGGAAGCAGUGCACCCAAGGAAGCCCCUGGGGAGGUCUAGAAGACGUCAGCCAUGCCUGUGUAACCAAGAAAGUGAAGCCCCGCAGGUGUAUUGACAGUGUUAAGUUGUAGCGACGACUGCGCCUCAGUGCUCGCCUUAGCCACGAGAGCCGAGCACCUACGAGGCCCUCUUCUCGACUUUACCUUACGAAACCGUGAAGACGCUGCCCAUAGCAUCCCUGUUAGUGUUAGCGUCUGUGACAGUGCGUGUGAGUGCCGACGACGACGCUAGUUCAGCUGUGUUGACUCGGAAAAUAAGGACAGUUUAAGCAAUAUAUUAGCUUGUGUCCAAAGCAUCUCGGUGCUGAACCGAAAGCAAAGUGUAUCUGUGGCCACUGGGUGUUCUAAGUGUCGAAACUAAGUGAAGUGGUGCACCGUGGUUUAUUACUUUACAUCUCUGUGGAUUACUCUGAGCACCUCUUCAACUUUUCUUCAAUACACCAAAAGGUGGAGCGGCUGUCGGAGUACGAGCAGUACUUCGCCUCGUUGCUCGUCGACACCCACCCUGACCACCCCGACCGACACCACCUCGCGUCCCACCAUGAUAGACUCACCCAGCUGGUGAGGCGAGGCGAGGAGGAAGAGAGCGAGGUAGAGAGGAUACAGGAGCUCUUUCCUCAUGACGACCUGCGACUACACGAGAGAGACCCAGUCACCCAGAAGAUGAAAGGGCUCAUGAGGAAGCGGUCGACCACGGCAGCGCGUUUGCAGCGAGCCUUCAGUGCUAAAGGCUUGCGAGGCCCCCACGCAGACAACCAGCACAACAACAACAAAGAUGCGGCCAACAACAACAACAGCAACAAUGGCAGUCCCGGCGGAGGGCUGCCCCCGAACAGAACGCGAGAGGGGCGUCCCAAGAGACAGUUCAUCAUGGAGACGCCGGCCACCUUCACCACCGGCGUCCAGUCCCAGGAGCGGCACCUCUUCCUCUUCAGCGACCUUCUCCUGGUAGCCAAGGCGAGAAGUGGAGGCAACUUCAAACUUAAAGAAAAGGUGCGAGUGUCCGAGAUGUGGCUCUCCUCGUGUCUGGACGACGUGGCGGAGGUGGCCAAGAGUCAGGAAACAAGCUUCGUCAUGGGCUGGCCGACCACCAAUGUCAUCGCCUCCUUCAGCUGUGUAGCAACUAAAGACUUGUGGUAUAACAAGCUGUGCCAGGUGAUCACCGAGGAGCGAGACAAGGAGCCGCCCUCCACCACCAUUCAAGUCACCUACUACGACCCCAUCAACAGCAUCGACUUCAGCAAGACCGUGAGCAUCGGCUCCACCACUACUGCCCAAGAAUGCGUCGCGCUCACCCUCGACCACUUGGAAAUGGGCGGCGCCGACACAUCACAGUUCCAGCUCUGGGUCAAAACUGGGAUGGACGACUCACCCUAUCCUCUCAUCGGCCACGAGUUUCCGUAUGCCAUCAAGAUGAACUGUGUGCGGGACCUGCUGCAGGACUGUGACGCAGAGCAGUGCAACAACCUGUACAAUGCUGAGCUGGUCACUCGCUGCCAGUUCAUCUUGCGGCAGGCACGGAAGCUCUCCUUUGGUUCUCCAGAGGGUAUGAAGAAAGUCUCGAAGAAGGCCCGCAAGUCACCCAUCAGGAUUCACCGGGUCUUCAAGAGAGCCAACAGCAAGGGAGAGUCUCUGGACGGCAGUGUCAGCUCCUGCACCGGCGCCCUGUACGGCCAGUCGCUGAAGAAGCUGGUCGAGGCUGACAACAUGCUGCCAAAACCCGUCAUGGACAUGCUGACUCAGUUGUUCCUGAAGGGGCCCUUCACCGUCGGGAUCUUCCGCAAGUCUGCCAACGCUCGAUUGGUGCGGGAGCUGAGGGAAAAGCUGGACUCAAACGAUGCAGAUGGACACGUUGACCUGGAGAACAUCCACAUCACAGCAGUGGCAUCACUUCUCAAAGACUUCCUGCGGUCCAUGCCCGACUGUCUACUGAUAGCUGACUUCUAUGAAGAGUGGCUUGAGCUUUCCCUUAUCAGUGGAUUGAGAGAGCGCAUCUCACACACUUUGUUGCUGUGUUCUCGCCUCCCUCGUGCUCACCUCCUCCUCCUUCAGCACUUCCUGUGUGUUCUGCAUCACAUUACACGCCGAGCAUCUGAAAACAUGAUGUCUGCCUCUAACCUGGCAGUGUGUGUGGGACCAUCUAUCUUGUGGCCUUCUUCCCCAACCCUUGCACUCAGUCCAGAGGCCUCCAAGCAAGUGCCAGCAGUAGUUGAGUUUCUCAUUGAACGGUGUGGUGAUAUAUUUGGUAAAGACAUUCUUCAUUUACUGGGUGAGCCCCCAGAAAGGGAUCCUAUGAGGCAAGACAGUGGAGCAGAGGAAUCAGACAGUUUGCACAGCCUCCACAGUGGCCACAGCCUCCACAGCUCGGGUGGCAUGAGGAGGGACGACAGCAGCAUUGACUCAUUAGAACGAGAACUUAUUCAAGAAGGUGAACUCUCUCCAUUGCCUCGUAAGGACAAAAUGUCCCUAACAAAUCUGAGCCGUGAUUCAGGGCUGACAAUGAGUGAUUCGCAGUUGUAUACUCCUGAUGAAGAAGAGAGUGAAUCCACCAGCUCUGGACAUUCAGGGGCAGACAAAAGUGUCAGUAACUACAGCAGUGGUGGCCAUUCUGAACGAUCCGGUGAACGCUUCCAACACUACACAGCUCCGAAUAACCCUAAUGCAAUAUAUGCUUCUGUAUAUCGCCGACCUGACAAGACACCAGUAGGAUAUGAUGAUCCAGAAAACUACUAUGCUGCCCCUAGUAGGGAGCAUGCUAGGAUACAGAUUACUUAUUCUACCCCAGGUUAUUCCCAUGGUGGCUCGGGUCAAGGGAAAGAAUACACCAGAGUGUACCAAAGCCGGCAGGACCGCAUGAGUGAUGUCUACAGGAAAGGUCAGGAGGAAGACUCUAUAUACAGUGUUCCCCCAGGUGCUGCAGGCACCAUGAUCAACCCUCCACCCUUUGUUGUCAACUCCAACUUCCAGCGUCAUGAUUGGAUGCGGCGGCGAUCAAAUCUACGCAAGGUGUCACGAUCAAGCAGUGGUGAUGGGAGCCUGGUGAGGUCAAACUCAGAAGAGUCUCUUCUAAAUAAAUAUAAUGGCCUGGAGUAUGGCAUAUCCUUAGGUCCCAGUAGCGUGGGCAACAAGCGACCGGCACAACAUGCGAAAGGUCGGGCCCCACCGCCCCCUCCUGAUGAAGAUGAGGACAUGGGUGGAGGUCGGGAGUCCCCAAUUCGAAGAUCAAAAUCUGCUCACUACUUAACAGAACCUUCCCGGGAUGAGCGUUUGGGACGCUCUCCAGACAACACCCCAGCUGUGUCCCGCUCUUCCUCUCACGAUGCUGUUUCCUGGCAGCGCUCCCGGUCUACACCCCAAAUACAUGAUGAGGCGGACCGCUCCUAUGACUCAUCUACCUUGAGUGAUGAUGAUUCAACACCACAUGUCUCAAGAUCAAACUCAAGAGGAAAAGAAUACGGUGGAGGAGGUCUUAAUGCUUGGGAUGGGGAAGCUGUUUAUGGCACUGAGCAUACUCCCUCUGACUCUGGCGAGUCUCAUAACUCCCGUAACUCCUCCUUCAAAAGUGAGAGGACGGGAAGCAUGUGUACAGUUGUAUCUGCUGGCAGCACCUCCACUCUUGCCUCCAACCCCCCAUCCUAUGAAGAGGCUCUCACCCGACGUUCCCUUAUGUAUCGUGGAGGACAACAGCAACCGCCGAUGCAAGGGUCUCCUUCAGGAAGAGAAGGUCACUUCAAUGAAUAUGCCAUACGUGAGGAAAAGAUAAAGUCUGCAAGAGCCAAGCAACUAUAUGAAGAGUCACUAAGAAUAUACCAAGAAGAGAACACAUACCCCGGGGACUUGGUACGUGCCUCCCCUGCUCAGGCGGAAGACAGUGAUGAGUAUGAGAGACCACCACCACUACCACCCAAGUCCGAGCCACCACCUCUGCCCCCUAAACAGAGAGGAAGCCGCAGAGUGAGUGAUGGACUUGGGCGACUCAAACACUUGCCUCCUGUUCAUGUUGAAACCCACGCUCGCAAAUCCCGGUCAGUUUCUUCCUUACCCACGUCUUAUGGAUGUGACCCACCCUACCACAAAACAAUCAUAUACACAGAUGACAGCCCCCCCUCACUGCCCCCAAAAGAACGUACUGUAAUUGAAAUUGAGUCUGCUUAUUCCCAAGUACCAGAGUCACGAGUGAGGCAGACAACCAGCAGAGCCGUGUCUCCUCCCAGAGUGGAGAAAAAAAGCAUUGAAACACAAACAGAUGAUUAUGACUUGGAUGAUGAUGUCAAGGAUGAAGGUAUUCAGACAUCAGGCUCAUGGGCACAAGAUUCACAUGUGACCUCCGUCUCUGUCCCCGAUACUAAUGCACAUAACGAAAAGAGACGUAGCAGAGCACGAAGAAGAGACUCCUCAACAUCUCAUCGCAGCAAGAGUGUCCCCUCCCGAGACUCUUGUCCUGUGCAGCAGCCUGAGUCUGAUGGUGGGGAGGAGGAAGAAUGGGAUUAUCACACCACUCCUUCCCUGCAAGAUUUUUCAGGCCAUGCAGCACUCAGAGACCUUCGGCAGCUGGACCCUGACAUAAGGCAAGAAAUCAGCUGGUCAGUGUCGCAGCUGAGAGCAAUCUUCGGAGAAACCUUGAAGGGAGCAAAAGUUCAUCCUCCUCCUUACCGCCCCCCACCUUCAGCCCACCGCGCCCCGAUUACCUCCUAUCACCUUGGGGCGGGAGAUUCCUUUACCUCAAGAAAGUCACGUCCUCACUCGAGCUAUGGCGAAGAGUCUUACGUCUAGUGGGGAGGGUCCUUCAGCCUCAUAUCUGCCCACCGCGCUUUAUUCCCUCAGCGGCCACACUACCUGCCUUCAUUGCCGCCACUAACACUGCAGACUCUCUGUUAGAUUACUCCUCUAACGUACUAAAUGCUCAAGAUGAUCAUAAGCUUUUGUAAGUAUGUGUAUAUAUAUAUUUUGUACAGAGUUACACUCGCUAAGUCAUAAAAGUAAGGCCUCAUAUGAUUAUCAUAUCGGAGGGGUGGAGUAAAUGGAGGAGUCUGGCAACAAACAUUUCCAUUCGCUCCUCUCUGUCUCCAGUCCACGUCACCAAACCUUUUGUAAAAUAUUAAUACUAACUAUACUAUUAUUGUUUAUAUGUUGUUAAUAAAAUCGGAGAUAUAUGUGAAA